AUGGAUACUACAGAACCAAGCCAAUUUGUGCAUUAUGAGCGAUCAUGGCUUCACCGACACUGUCCAUCCCCCAUAAUCCAACACCAGCUGGCUCAGGGGUCAGGCCAACUCUUCUCAGGGCUCCUGGCCAUGAACAUCGUGUUCCUGGGAGCAGCUGUGGUCAGCAGUGUGAUCCUGGCUGAGGGCUCCGUGAGCUCUAAAGUCUCAGACAUCUUCAUGUGCAUCCUCAUGCUUCUCAGUACUGGCUGGGCUUUCUACCACCUGCUGUGCACCCGGAGAAAACCCCACGCACUACCGAUCCAAGACAGACAUGCAGGGGCCCUCUGGGUAAAAGCCUCUCUGAUUUUGUUUGGCAUAUGCAGUCUACUUCUAAUUGCGUUUAAGAUCAGCUAUCGUGUGAUGCUCCUACAGUGUGAUAACCUAACGACUGACAUCCUUUUCGCCUCUGUGGAACUCCUUUUCAUUUGUGUGCAGACAUGUCUCCUAUGGUUCACCUGCAAGGACUGCAUCCAAGUGCAACACAACCUAACCAGAUUCGGUCUCAUGCUGACACUCUCCACCAACCUGCUACUUUGGAUUUUGGAAUGUUUGGACAUGACUUCUUGUACAUGUGGAAAUGACUCCCCCUGUUGGACUUUCAAGCAUGGGUAUGUGACUCUGUACCCUUUCAAGCUAGAAUAUUGUUUGAUCUGCGCUUCUAUGCUAUUUGUCAUGUGGAAAAACGUUGGCAGAAGGGAGCAUGGACACUCUUCCCAUCAAGAGCCUAGAUUCCACCUGAAAGGGGUGGUGUAUGGUCCUUUUCUUGGAGGAGCAGUUCUACUAGUGGGUCUUUGUAUCUUCAUUCAAUACCAAGUCCAGGCAUCUGCUGGCAUGGCCCCACUGACAUCCUUUCUAUUCUAUUAUGCAUACUGUGUCACCCUUCUGCCCAUUAUGAUCAUUUCCUGUAUCAUAGGCACACUCUCCCUUAGCCUAGGGGAGAAAGACAGACACAUUGGACAGCACAGAGAGAAGAAAGAUGACAUGGCAAUAGACGAGAAACACAGACUUGAAAUGGAGCUGGAACAGAUAGGGGAGGAUAUACAACAUAAUAAAGAGAACAAUGAGUCUAUACAUUGUAAUGGAGAGAGAGGGGAGCACUGGAAUUCAAAGGAAGAAGACAUCCAGGUGACAGAGGAGAACAAAGAAAACUGGAAAAAUAAGAAGGGUGAGAAUAGGACAGAGAAUGGGGAACAGUGUGAGGUUCUUGGAGAGGACAAUCAGUACAUGCAAGAUGAUGAUGAUGAUGACCAAAGAAAGUUGGAGCAAAGGAUGGAGAACAGGCAUGAUGAGAUGGUUGACCAAACAGCAGGGAAGAGGACAAAGUACAAAGAUGGACAAGGAAAAAAGGAGCAAAGAGACAUCCUGGAUGGAGGCCACAAACAUACUAAUGUAAUGGGAGAUGCUAAGAACUACACUCGCAGUUUGGAUAUUGUUUUGCUGUUGGCAGCUGCUCUGGGACACUUCUCAAUCUCCUAUUUCUCUUUAGUGGCAAUUGUAGCUACAAAUAACUGGAAUCUGUUAAAUAGCCUUAAUCUGGCAUACUCUGUACUUAUGAUUUUGCAGCAUAUGUCUCAAAACAUAUUUAUCAUUGAGGGCCUCCGAGGAGACCAUGGGAGGCCAAUAAGUCCUCAUCCUAACACAGAGGAGGCAGAGGAGCAGGAGGAUUUGCAUCGCAGAAUGUCAUUAAUGGAUCUUCGGAGAGCAUCACUGGCCUAUCUGCAGGACAUGGGACGUCUCAGCAUUAGCAGAAGAUCUGUGAAGGAGAUCUCACUCUUCCUUGUUCUCUGUAAUAUUAUGUGUCCUCAAUUGCCCUGCACAAAUCACUAUUACAACCACAUUUUUAGUGACACAAAGCAUUUUGCCAGUGUGAAACAGAAACAUGCCAGCCAGCCUUACUCUGCCACUGAGUUUGAGGACCAGACAUCAAGUGGUCCCAAUACUGGUAAUCCAAAGUUCAAAAAAAAGAAAGUCAAGACCUUGCUUUAUAAAAUCGACAAACUUUAUUCCAGCAUGAUUAAAAUAGAUACAAGGAGGAACAGCACAAUACAGGGGGACGUAGCAACAAUGACUUACGCAUUUCGGCUGAAUACCGUAAUCAUAGCCUAUGGUGCUACACCUGAUUUUGACUUAAAACAGGUCUAUGACAGGGAGUGA